UCCGCCGCCGAGCAGCCGGGGCGCCCCGCCGCCAGCAACGCCCCCGGGGCGGGCGGGAGCAGCGCGGAGGAGCAGCGCCGUGCGGCGGCGGAGGAGGAGGAGGAGGAGGCGGCCGCCGCGGGGAGAGGAGGAGGAGGAGGAAAGUUGGUGCGCCCGGCAGCGGACUGCGGAGAGCCGCCGCCGCCCCGGCCCGGAUGUGCCCCCGCCGCCGCCGCCUCCAGCACCGGGAGGGGAAGGACGGAGCGGAGCGCCGCUGGCAGCGGGGAGCCGGCGGCGGGCGGUAACACCUGGAGGAUCUGCGGACUGACGCCGUGCCCUGCUGGAUCUGUGGGGAUUUUGGUGGUGUGCUGUUUUUUUUUUUUUUUUUUUUUGGCUUUUUUUUUUUUUUUUUGGCUGGUUUUUCUUCUCUUCCUCCUCCCCGGGGGCGGGAGCCGCCCGCCCGCACUGCCCGCUGCGAGGUGAGCACCGGAGCGCCCCGUGACGGCGGCCUGGGAGCGCCCAUCCACGCCGCGGGACCUGGUUCGGGAGCCGGCGGUGCCUCUCGCCGAUGCCACUGCCCCAUGGGUGCCUCAAUGGCAGGAUCAUGAAGUGUUUGACUUUUUUUCUUCUGCUUCCAGAGACCUUAAAGAAGUCCAAAAAGAGCGUCAGGUCAAACGGCAAGGCGCCAGGAUGCUCUGAGGCAGUGCCCCUGGCCCUGAAGAAGAAGAUGGCCGCAGAACUUUACCCUGCCAACACCAAUAUCGCCAACAGCAACGCCGCCGCCGCCGCCGCCGGCAGCAAGAAGCCCGCGCUGCAGCUGCAGCAGAGCGCGCAGCCGCCCCCGCCGCCCCAGCUCCAGAACCUCAACAACAACAACUUGGAGAGCGCCAGCUGGCAGUCGUGCCACCCCACGCUGCGCGAGAGGAACGCGCUGAUGUUCAAUAACGAGCUCAUGGCUGACGUCCACUUCAUCGUGGGCCCGCCGGGGGCAUCCAAGAAAGUUCCUGCCCAUAAGUACGUGCUGGCAGUGGGCAGCUCCGUCUUCUACGCUAUGUUUUACGGCGAUCUCGCCGAGGUCAAAUCCGAAAUCCAUAUCCCAGAUGUGGAACCCGCAGCCUUUCUAAUCCUAUUAAAAUACAUGUACAGCGAUGAGAUAGACCUGGAAGCCGACACGGUGCUGGCGACGCUCUAUGCUGCCAAGAAGUACAUCGUGCCGGCCCUGGCGAAGGCGUGCGUCAACUUUCUGGAGACGAGCUUGGAGGCGAAGAACGCGUGCGUCCUGCUGUCCCAGAGCCGGCUCUUCGAGGAGCCAGAGCUGACGCAGCGCUGCUGGGAGGUGAUCGACGCCCAGGCUGAGAUGGCGCUCAAGUCGGAAGGGUUCUGCGAGAUCGACCUGCAGACGCUGGAGAUCAUCGUGACGCGGGAGGCCCUCAACACCAAGGAGGUGGUGGUGUUCGAGGCCGUUCUCAACUGGGCAGAGGCAGAGUGCAAGAGGCAGGGGCUGCCGGUGACGCCGCGCAACAAGAGGAACGUGUUGGGGAAAGCGCUGUACUUGGUGCGGAUCCCCACGAUGACUUUGGAAGAGUUCGCCAACGGGGCGGCCCAGUCUGACAUCCUCACGCUGGAGGAGACGCACAACAUAUUCCUGUGGUACACGGCUGCCAACAAACCCAAACUCGAGUUUCCGCUGACAAAAAGGAAAGGACUGGUGCCGCAGCGCUGCCAUCGCUUUCAGUCGUCCGCGUACCGCAGUAACCAGUGGAGGUACCGGGGGCGGUGCGACAGUAUUCAGUUUGCUGUAGACAAACGGAUAUUUAUAGCGGGACUGGGAUUGUAUGGGUCGAGUUGUGGCAAAGCUGAAUACAGCGUCAAAAUUGAACUGAAGCGCUUAGGAGUUGUCCUUGCUCAGAAUCUGACAAAGUUUACCUCCGACGGCUCCAGUAAUACCUUCUCGGUGUGGUUUGAGCACCCGGUGCAGGUUGAGCAGGACACGUUUUACAAUGUAAGUGCCAUUCUGGACGGCAAUGAGCUCAGUUACUUCGGGCAGGAGGGAAUGACUGAAGUGCAGUGUGGGAAAGUGACCUUCCAGUUCCAGUGCUCCUCAGACAGCACCAACGGGACUGGUGUACAAGGAGGACAAAUUCCUGAGCUCAUUUUCUAUGCAUGAUGCAUUUCACCUUGAUUGUAUUCCAGUACUGCAACGCUGCACAUUAAGGGAUUCUUCGGUUUUACUACAGAACUGUACAGCAGUAUGGAAUGUUACGCUACUUACCUAUCUGCUACAUCAGGCUAUACCCAAUAAGUGAAGGAAUGCUCUUGAAUUUAAUCUUAUUUUAUUUAUUCAUAAGCUAUUUGACUUAAUUAAGACUGCAGUGAGCAGAAAAAUGUUAAAUUUUGCACAUACAGUGCAUUUAUUUUGUAUAUAGAUAACUAACUUGCAGACUGCAGCUGACUCAAACAGAAUGUUCUAAACUAGAGCAGUUUAUGAAUUGGUGAAAUAUAAAACAUUUCUACUUGCCCUAAAUCCUGCGUACUGCCCCUUACUGAUGUUAUGGCUUGUCUGUUAAUUCAGCUACAGUGUAGUUAAUGGGUGGUAACACCACUGGCUGCCUGUCCUCUGCAAGGUGGGAGCAGCGCCGCACAUAGAAAGGCUCCCCCACCUGCAGAGCCCAUCCAUCAGGCAGCCCUCAUUGUCCUUCACCAAGAAGGACAGGAGGAAGGAAGCUCAGAGGUUGGCUGUGGGUCACCUCAGCUGAACAGAAAAAACCUGAGCAUAAGCAGCACUGAUGAAACCUUGUGUCUGUUUGCAUUCUGCUUUUGGCAUCAUGUGUGUUAACCUCCACCCUGCCCAGCAAACAGCAGCAAUAACACUUGCACUGUCAGAAUGCACCAGACUUGAGCAGCCAUUGUCAGGACAGACAGAUAAAGCCUCAUGCAGUCACAAGCUGUAACGCUGACAGCCACUACUUAAAUAUACAUCACAUCUCGCCUGUAGGAGCAGACAGAUUUACAGUACGGUCACUCAAAAUUACUGAGGGAAGCCACCGUAAGGAAAAGCUGCCAGGCCUUUUUUCUCCCUGUGUAGUUUUGGGGCUAUCAGUCAUUUUUAUAGCUAGCAUCCUUCAGUUUUCUCAGAGACUAAGAUAGGUGUAUUCCUCAAGCAUCUGACCACCCUUACAGCUGAACCAAUGGUAGUUCUUACUGUUCUUUAUAAAAGCAUUGUAAUCAUAGAAUGAUCUAAUUUACCAUUUUUUAAGCACAUAACAGGUACCUCUACUUUCAACUUCAAGUUCUGUUUGUUUUUCUUACCUGAGCUGCAUUAUUUUUUUACCUUGAAACUAAACUGUAAUAAAAUUUUGCCUCUUCUCUCAGAAAACAAACAAACAAAAAAAACAGGAAAAGAAAUAAGAGAACUGAAUUAUUGGAAACAAGAUGUCUGUACAGAACAUCAGGCUGUGCUAACUGAUUUACCAACUAAUCCUGCUCACAGCAACAAUGGGAGAUAGCUGUGUCCUGCCUAUAUACUGCUUUCUGGAUACCAUUAUGAUGAUGCACAGUAUGGGAGCUGCUGCUUCUCUUGCUGCAAACUGAAAGAGCAGGAACACAGUUAUGUGACCAGCUAAGUACAUCUGAAGGAGGGUGCAUGUGUUCUUGAGCACAAAGGCAUCUGAUUCUCUCAGUACAGAUUAAGCAGAGUGGGAGUGAUGGUGGGUUAAGAUACAGGGAAAAGAAUUCUACACAGAGGUGGGCAAUAGUCACAAGACCUCUCUAAAAACUCACUUUUUUAUAGCAGGAAUUGGCAUGAAUUCCCUUGGCUCAAAAGCUACAACCUAGACAAGAGCUUUUCACCCUUCUGACACAUAACACUGUGUGCUAUGAUCUGAACACUGAUUUACUAAUUAAAAAGCUAUUCAAAUACCUGGGAAAAAGCUGCAUACUUUGAAAAUGCUGCACUCUGUUUUCCUUCAGGUCACUUGUAUUUCCAGCACUGAACACUGCAAUGGACUGACAGUCUGUUUAGCAAAUGCUUACAAGAUGUUCUUGUGGAGCUGAAGUUUUACAGGCCAAUGCAAACUUGCAGAUAAGCACACAUUUGUCAUGUACCAUCAGUCUAUUGUCUUAAUAUAGCCUAAGCUACUUGCAGAAAAAGCAUCAAAAUUGUAGAAGACGACAGCAUCUACCACCUCUAAGGUCCUACAUAAAGGAGACAGGCCAGUAUUGCUGGAUUGAUUCCAGCUUCAUUUUAAGUUAUCGCUUUAGCAGAUCAGUACUACAGACACAUACAUAACAGAUUCUUCUAAAGAAAUCAUACAAAAAUAUACCCAAAAGUCA